AUGUCUCCAAUCCUGAUUGUUGGCGCCACCCGGGGCCUCGGGGCUUCUCUCACCAAGCAAUAUGCCGUGGACGCCGGCAACACCGUAUACGGCACGACGCGCUCGAAGGAGGGUCCCGAGGGCUUCCCGGAGAGAGUCAAAUGGCUUCCCGACGUCGAUUUGACUAACCCCAGUGUUGGUGAGACCAUUGUAAGCCUACUCGGCGGUUCAAAGCCGUUGUCAACGGUGAUCAUCACGGCAGGCUAUUUUGCGACCGAAGACCUCAGCGCCGACAAAGGUCCGAACUGGGCCGAAGAGCAGCGCAUGUACACAACGAGCUCUAUCGCGCCCGUCUUCAUCGUCCAUGCGCUCGUGCAUGCCGGCCUUCUCCACAAGGACUCCAAAAUCGUGCUCGUCUCGUCCGAGUCCGGGAGCAUCACCCUCCGACACGAGACGGAGGGGGGUGGCAACUACGCCCACCACGCGUCCAAGGCCGCCUUGAACAUGGUGGGGAAGUUGUUGAGCCUCGACUUGAAAGACAAGGGUGUCAUUGUCAGCAUCGUCCACCCAGGCUUCAUGCGGACGGAGAUGACCAAGGGCGUGGGCUUCGACAAGUUCUGGGACGACGGCGGUGCCAUCACGCCCGACGAUGCUGCCGAGAGUCUCAUCAAGUGGACGUCAGAGCUCGACAUAUCCAAGACAGGCGAGUAUUGGGCGCCGAGAGGACCUGGCGACAUUGGCACGGCCGAACCGGUUCUCGGAAAAGGGCUCUCAACGCCGCUGCAUCUUCCUUGGUGA